AUGAGGAAUGUCCUCCGGCACAACCAUCUCGUUCAAAAGAUCAAGGUUCCAUUCCUGGCUCUCAAGAUCGAUCAGAUGAUGCACCCGGAGGUUUUUUGCGGUGUGCCUCCUGAUAUUUGGACCUACAGUAUUUUGCUAGAUGGAUUUUGCAAAAAGGGGAAGCUAGAUAAAGCAUUGGCUGGCAAAGUGGAAGCUGAGUGGGAUUUGUUUUGUAGCCUCGGACUCAAAGGAGUGAAGCCUGACGUUGUAACCUACAAUACAAUGAUCUCAGGCUUGUGUAAUAAUAAAUUAAAGCAUGAAGCAUAUGCCUUGUUGAGAAAAAUGAAACAAGACGGGUCUCUCCCAGAUGAUCGUACCUCUAAUGCGCUAAUCAGGGCACAUCUUGAAGAUGGUGACAAAGCUGCAUCAGCUGAAUUCAUCAAGGAAAUGAGGAACCGCGGGUUUACUGGAGAUGCUUCAACAUUUGGCUUAGUCACUAAUAUGUUACAUGAUGGGAGAUUGGACAAAAGCUUCCUCGACAUGCUUUUUUAAACAUGUCGAGCAACUAUGUUUCCGCUGAAAGCAGGCAUCUUAAAACUGUUUUAUCCUGGAGAGAAGAGGAGUGGUAGAUCAAUUCUCUUUCCUUUAAAGUAACUGUGAGGUAAAUCAAGUUAUUUAAAUUCUGAUGUUGCAUUGAGUUAGAUUUUGU